AUUUUCCGUGUUGUGCUUCUAACAAAGCUGCUCGAGCUGGCCACAUUCUGUAAUUGCUUUCUUAACUGGCAUCUGAAAGUCACAUUCUUAGCCAGAUGGCUUCAGUAACAGAUGCCAGAUACAGGCAGAAAGAUACUUCAGACCAAAAUUUUGAUUACAUGUUCAAGCUCCUGAUCAUUGGCAACAGCAGCGUGGGUAAAACAUCCUUCCUCUUCAGAUACGCUGAUGACACUUUCACACCAGCCUUCGUUAGCACAGUAGGGAUUGACUUCAAAGUGAAAACAGUUUACAGAAAUGACAAGCGGGUGAAGCUGCAGAUUUGGGACACAGCUGGACAAGAAAGAUACAGGACCAUCACUACUGCCUACUACCGAGGAGCCAUGGGCUUUGUGCUCAUGUAUGAUAUCACCAGUGAAGACUCCUUCAAUGCAGUGCAGGACUGGGCCACACAAAUCAAGACUUACUCCUGGGACAAUGCACAAGUGAUCCUGGUUGGAAACAAAUGUGACAUGGAGGAUGACAGGAUUGUUCCUGUGGAGAAGGGGAAACACCUGGCAGAUCAACUCGGUUUUGACUAUUUUGAAGCCAGUGCCAAGGAAAACAUCAACGUGAGGCAGGUGUUUGAGCGUCUCGUGGAUAUAAUCUGUGAAAAGAUGUCGGAGAGUGUAGAAUCAGACAAUUCCAGGGGCACUUCUGGAAGGAGCAUGAGACUCACAGAUAACCCACCCCCUUCGCAGCAGAACUGCUCAUGCUAGUGACCCUUCACUCUGAGAAAUGUCCUUCUCCCUCCCUGACUAAAUUUUACAUUUUCAUUUGUGGUGGUGCGUUAUCAUGUAGUCCAAAGGCAGAAGUCUCUGUUGUAGGAAACUGGUAUGUUUGUUUAAUGUGCUGAAGUGUCAAUAUUAUGUAUUUCCUCAUCUAAUAAUUUAAAAAUCUGAAAAACUAUUGUAAGUGCACCUUGUGUGGAUGUGAGUUACGCUGAAGAAAAAUAAUUGUUUGGUGUUUCAAAUGUUAUUUCCACGGAGAAUGUUGCAUUUUUAAUUAUGAAUUCCUCUAUUGCAGAGUUUUUUUGUCAAGAACAGUGGGAAGCACAAAAACCAAUUAAGAGGGACCAGGUCUAAAAGAAAAUGGGGGAAAAUCUUUUAUAAAGCAAGAUUAUACUUUUUUGUUAACAUAAAGGCAAAAAAAAAAGAAUCAAUCCCCAGGUAUUUUGAGAGUUGUCAUUGCUGUCCUGGAGACAUGGGCCUCAGUUUUCCUGUAUGAUGGAGCAGAAAGCAGAGCAUGUCUGUCUGACAGUGUGAGGUCCUUCAGAGAGCAAAGAGCAAAGGGGGUGGAUUUUGUGUCAAGUCUCUAAAUAGAGGAAGAACACAUGAAGGAAUCAAGUCUUCCAGGCAGGGGAAGAGGAGGAGGCCUUGCAGCCAUACCUGCAUUACCCUGUGCUUUGGCUGGUGCUGGGUGAAGGAGUGAGAGCCCUUCUAGGGCUCCCCUUGCCUCCAGACUUCUCCCCCAUCACUAGUAACAGCUCCCUAAUCCUCUGUUUCUAGAAUCCCAAGAGCUGACCGUCCUGCAGCCUUUCCCACGUCCUGUAAUUUUACCUCUCCAGGUCUGAUCUACUCUUAUCAACUCCCUGCUGGUGGAUUUGUUACAGGAUGAAGGAAAGGAGGAAUUGGCUGCUCCAUGCUUAGUUGGAGGCAAAAUCUGACUUGUAAGACUUGGAAUAGCACUGUCUCAGAGCGAUAAAAAUACCAGGAGCCAAAAUAUGAGUCUUUAUAGAUAUUAGUGCCAAUAUUAUUAGAUUUUCUCUCUGCAUUUGUUGUUGAUUUAUUUUUUAAAUUUUGUGAUAGAUGGAUGUGUGUGUGGGGAUAGUUAUUCUGGUUUCAGAUUCAAAUGCCAUUAAGUAUAACUUUAAAAAAAGGAAGAUUGAUUAAUAAAACAUAACUGUGAAUUAAAAAUGACAAAAAUAUCCUGUUAAGAGUUAUUCUACAAGUUUUUUGUUGCUUCAUUCUUUGAAGGGAGGAAAUAUUUUUAAAUUAAGUGGAUAUGGAGAGAAGUUUAAGGUGAAAAUUCUGGAAAGUUUUAUGGCUUUACCUUUGGCCUGUGAAUUUCUCUGACUGAGGGGACUUCCCGACGUCAGGAACUGGAGUGGAGUACCUGCCCUCUGCACUGUAAUGUGCUGGAUCAUGACACUAGCAAGUGCUUUUGUAAUUUUGUUCUGUUCUAUCUCAAAGUGUAAUAGCUCUAAGAAAAAAAAGCACAAAAUUCGGACAAAAAUGCAACUACUUUGGGGUAGUUUGAGCUCAUUGUGCUACAGGUUUCAUCCCUCUGUUUGUGUGUUGCUUUUGGAAAUUUUUUCUGUGAUGUGUUUUGGGUGCGUGUGAUUUAGUCCUGAACGUGUGAUUUGUGCAGUGCUGGGAUUGUGGUUGUUGUAUCUAAACCCCUGAAACUGCAAAAUAAAGAGAAAUG